CGUCGCUUCUGUUGAGCCGCUGGGCAGGGAGAGCUUGAGGCUCUGCACACAGAGCGCUGCAAAAAAACGGCGCCUGGCGACGCGGACGGACUGCUAAAGCGAUAGGACACGGUCUCAGGACCAGACCAGUGCUGCCAAACGCUUGCUGACGCUUGUAGUCACCUCGCGCCGAGGCACAGGGAGCAAAUGUUGCAGCAUGGUUUCUGGCAUGGUACGGCGCCUCGUCGAGAUCGAGGCCGGGUCGAACGCGACGGAGAGUCAGUUCUUCAUCGACAUGGAACGCCGCACGAGCCUGCAGAUCUCGGUCGCCUUCACGCUGGCCGUCGCGGCGGUCGUCGCGUGCUGCGGCCUGCGGCGCUCGUAGCCCUCCUUUGCUUCGCACCGGCGGCGGCGCGGAAGCCAAAAGGCGUGCGCGCGAAGAAAAGCGGCGUCGACGCAAAAGCGCUGGCCGUCAAGGCCUGCUGCGAGGACGCGACGACCGCCGAGCUGAUCGUCGCGAUGCGCGGCGGCAGCGACGAGCGCACGGCCGCGGACCACGCGCUCGCCGCGCGCGACGGCGCCGACAAGACGAUGGCCGUCGAGAUCCAGGAAGUUUUGGACUUGAGGGGCUCGGACACGGCGUGCCUGCUCGCCCUGGGCGCCGAGUGGUGCGGGCCCUGCAAGGUGCUCAAGCCGUUGCUACGGAAGGCCGCCGAGGCGUCUCAAGGGACACUCAUACUGAAGGAAAUUGACGUCGACAAAGAAAGACCGAUCGCGGAGGCGCUGGAAGCGACGCAGCUGCCCUGCGUCUACAGCGUGAGGGACGGCAAGUUGCGAGACGUCAUCGUCGGCCUGCCGCGGUCGCACCAGGACCUCGCGGCCUUCGUCAUGCGCGCCAUGGAUGGGGAGGGCGGUGCUUCCACAGUUCCGGGCAGCCGGACCGUCAAUUUGGCGCGCGUCGCGGGCUCGGCCGCCCUGGGCGCGGGCGGCCGCGAGGCCCUGGCGGCCAAGUGCCGCGGCGCGCUCGACGCGUGUAGGGAGCUUGCGGCGUCCGACAAGGAUACGGUGAUGGAGGCGCUCAAGACGACGAAAGCGUACCUAGAGCGGGCCUACGGCGGCAAGCCGGUCUAUCGCGACAACGCCGUGUUUGUGGAGAACUGUGUGGAAAUCAAACAGUGAGUUAGGUUAUCCUGAGAUUUGUUGCGGGACGACGUCGCGUCGAUGGCGUGGGGCGCCCGAAAUUUGAUUUCCACACAGGUGGAGAAGGUGGCCCCCUGCGCGCCGGCUUUGGACUUGUUUGCGGCGGCUGGGUACGUGGAGAUUCCCGGCGACCCUGAGGGUUCAGAUGACGAGAAAAGAGACGCCUUACACCCGACGCAUCGCAAUCUAGCCGUCUUCGAGCUCUGCUGCGCCGAGAUCGACAAGGCAAGAGAUGAGCUGCGCGUGAUGACGUGAAGUACACCUAACAAUAUCUUAC